CCGCCAGGGGUCGCUUCUGUCUCUGCCCCCGACCCGGAAGUGCCGCUCUGGCCUCUCCUCUAUGGCCCUCCCCCGUCACGUGACCGCGCAUCGGUGACGUCACUGUUUGCGGAAGUGCCGGUGCUCCCCCCACCCCUCCCCUGGCCAUGGAGCUGCUGUUCGGGCGCCGCAAGACGCCGGAGGAGCUGCUGCGGCAGAACCAGCGGGCGCUGGCCCGCGCCGUGCGCGAGCUCGACCGCGAGCGCCUCAAACUCGAGGCCCAGGAGAAGAAAAUCAUCGCCGACAUCAAGAAGAUGGCCAAGCAGGGCCAGAUGGACGCCGUCAGGGUGAUGGCCAAGGACCUGGUGCGGACCCGGCGCUACGUCCGCAAGUUCAUCACCAUGAGGGCCAACGUCCAGGCCGUGGCCCUCAAGAUCCAGACCCUCAAAUCCAACAGCUCCAUGGCCACGGCCAUGAGAGGCGUCACCAAGGCCAUGGCCACCAUGAACAGACAGCUGAAGCUGCCCCAGAUCCAGAAGAUCAUGCUGGAGUUCGAGCGCCAGGCCGAGCUGAUGGACAUGAAGGAGGAGCUGAUGAACGACGCCAUCGACGACGCCCUCGGGGACGAGGACGACGAGGAGGAGAGCGACGCGGUCGUGUCUCAGGUGCUGGAUGAGCUGGGACUGAACCUCACGGACGAACUGGCCACUCUGCCCGGGGUCCCUGGCGGCGGGGAGGGGCGGGGAGGGGCCGAGGCCGCGGCCGCUUUGGCCGAUGCUGACGCCGACCUGGAGGAGAGGCUGAAGAACCUGCGGCGGGACUGAGACC